UUCUCAUCGCCGCCACCUCCAUUAUCUCCCUUUCCCUCACCGUUCUUUAUGAAUUCACACAUUCAGGAAAGGGAACGCUCCGCCGCCGAACAGCUCUGUCUUCUUAUUCAGAAACAAAAGCAAACCGAGGAAGAAUGCGGCAGGAAGUUGCAGGAAUUGCUGGCGGAAUUGGCUUACUCCAAUGAGCUGCGACAGAAACUCGAAAGAGAGGUGAGUUAUCUUCAGAGUGACAAUUCUAUGCUCGAGAACAGGCAAAAGGAGUUGAAGGGAACGAUUCAUAACCUACUGCAGUCCAGGGAAAAUUUUGUCAACGCUUAUCAGGAAUCCACUUGUGAAAUGAAACGCUCGAUUCAAUGCAGGGACAGAAAGCUUGCUUUCGUAUCUGAGAAGAUAAAAUCUCAUCUUUUGCUAUUCGAUUCAAUAGAAAAGGAGGCAAUUUUGGUAAAGAAAGUCGUGGAUAAUGUGCAACGCGUUGUUAGUGAGAAAGAGGAAGUAGUGGCAGGCUUAAAGAGCAAAUUGGAUACUGUUUCCACGUUAGAGCAAGUAUUUAUUGAAAAGAUCAGUGACCUGGAAAACAAACUAAAAAAUUAUGAAGACGAGACUAGGAGAAAGGAUAAAGCCAUCUCAGAACUAGAAGCUCAGAUGGAGGCAGCAAAAAUUUGUAAUACAAGCCACACACAAAUAGAAGAUCUUCAGAAAGUUAUAUCAGCAAAGGAUGCGGUCAUACAGAAUUUGAUUUCAGAAAAACAGGCAUUGCAUUUUGAAGUUGGAAGUUUGGGGAUUAUCUUAAGGAGGAUUCAAGACACUGUUAAAAGUAUGAAUGAAGAGGGCAAAGGGGUAUUUUCCUCAAUUCUGGAACACCAAGGAGGAUGCAAUAUGAUUUUGACAAAGGAAGAUAAUAGGAUUGAAGAUGCAGUCCAGAAAUAUACAGGAAAAUCUCAAGAAAAGGCUUACGGGUCUGGCGACGGAGGAAAUACAGCUUCACAUCUAUCUCAAAAGUGCAAGUCAGCUGGGAACAACUUACAAGAGAACAAUAACUUGGACUCAUGCGUGUCAGAGUUUAACUGUUGUUCCCCACAGUCGGCUUCCUCAAAACCUCAAUUGGAAGCUACUGUUCUAGGUAUCUCACAAUCAGCUCAAACGGAUUGA